AUUCGAUCCACCAGGCUUGCAGACUCAGUAUCUCAACAUUUGAGCAGGGCAUGACAGCUUUAGUCGACGCAUCUUUAUCCUUCGCACCCUUAACUAAACCGAACAGUCGCGAAUUUAGACGAUCACCGCGUCCCCUUACCAGCAACCACACGAGACUACUCCCGUAGACCGUCGCAACAACGACGACAAAGCGCAACAACAGGCAACCACCAAUAUAACCCGACCAACAUCCUUCAUCGCCCCCAUGAGACUCCAUACCACCUAAUUUUCCCAUUCUUGAAACAAAUAUGUACCUCCCGCGCGCCCUCAUCUCCAAGCUCUACGUGCACCUCCAAAACACGCGGCACCCGUUGUCCCCGCCGGUCCUGGUCCUCGUCGCCCUCGAGCCCGACGCGCUCUGCGCCUGCCGCAUCCUUACGCGCCUCUUCAAGCAUGACUACAUCCCGCACAAGAUCCAGCCCGUCGCGGGCUACGCCGACCUCGAGCGCGUCGGCCGCGACCUGGUCGCGCCCAUGACCGAGAUGCGCGGCGGCGCUGGAGGCGUCGUCGUGUGUCUCGGUGUCGGCGGGAUGGCCGACCUCGGGACCGUGUUGGGGCUCGAGCCUGAGGAGGAGGAGAAGGGUGAGAAUGUGGCUUCGUCGUAUGGCGGGGUCGAGGUGUGGGUUGUGGACGCGCACCGGCCGUGGAAUUUGGGGAAUGUGUUUGGUGGGUUCCCGCUUGAACCCGAGACCGCGGAGGCGACUACCUUCGCGGCGCGGUCACCGGUCGGUGUGAAGGCGGGGUGUAUUGACCGGGCGUAUCGACCGGGCAAGGGUGGGAUUGUGGUGUUUGAUGACGGGGAUAUUGAGGAUGAACUCGGGAGGGAGAGGGAGGCGUAUCUUGCACUUGUGGAUAUGCCUGAUGUUGAAGAUGACGGGGAGGACUUGGGUGAUAGCGAUGAUGACGAGGAGAGCGACGGUGACGAGGAGAGCGACGGUGACGAGGAGAGCGACGGUGACGAGGAGAGCGACGGUGACGAGGCCGCGCCAGGUGUUGAGACAUCGCGGGCAGGCCAGAAACGGAAGUCGUGGGACUUUCUGGAAGGGGAUAGCGAUGAGGAGGAGGAUCGGCCGAGGCAGAGGAGACGCAGUAACUCGUCCACUCCGCUUCCAGAUUCGCCUCGUCGCCCAGCCCAGCGGGGUCUCAUAUCGCUACGAGACGAUGCCAUCUUUUCUAGUGACUCGUUGGAACCGCCGACUGCCGGUCAGCCGCCAAAGGCUCCCUCCGCGAGAACUCUCAGGCGACGGCUCCUUCGGCUACGGCGCAAGAACGAGAGCAUCCUGAGAGACUAUUACCGGCUCGGUGCGUCAUACUCGGAACCUGUGUCCUCCAUGAUGUACUCCCUUGCAUCAGAGCUCGGUCGCGAAGACAACGACUUGCUCUGGCUGGCAAUCGUUGGGGUCACGUCGAUGGAGCUCUAUGGACGUUCCUCUGCCGGCAUUGCUCUUUUGCGGGACGAAGUGCGGCGAUUGAAUCCUCCAGAGGUAGGUAAUGGCCGGGUUCUGCCCGAAAAUACAGGCAUCAUCCCCACCACGGCGCGCAGCCCCGAAGACACUAGCAUCCGCCUCUCUCCCGAGCCCAAAUUCCUCCUCAUCCGGCACUGGAGCCUCUACGACAGCAUGCUGCACUCCCCCUACCUCUUCUCCCGCCUCAAGACGUGGAGUGAGACCGGCCUCAAGCGCCUACACAAGCUCCUCGCCAAGAUGGGCGUCAGCCUGGUGCAGUGCAAGCAAAGCUACGCGCACAUGGACAUGAUGCUGAAGCGGGAGCUCCGCACCAAGCUCCUCAAGUACGCCUCGCUCUACAACCUCGACGAGCUGGUCCCCACGAUCGACACGGACGGCCAAGACCUCGGCGGCGCCAAAGACGGCUGGGGGUUCGUGCGCAGCUGGGGCUGGCGGGCGACGCUCAGCGCGCAAGACGUAGGCGUCGUCAUCGGCGCCCUGCUUGAGGUCGGCAAGACCACUUCCACCACCUCCACCUCCUCCUCCUCCUUUUCUUCCUUAUCUGACCCUGGUUCCACUGCCGCUUCCCAAGACCUCGCCCUCGCCACCACCAACAACAACCCCCUUCCCAGUGAAGAGUGGCUACCGCGCUUCUGGCAAGCGUACGACGCGCUCGAGGACAUCGAGGCGCUUAAAGCGGGCCUGCCGACGGCCCAGUUCCUGCACAAAGCGAUCUUCACAACGGGCACCACGAUCCUGAAGAAGAAGCAAAUCUCGCACCUGCGGGCGUUCCGCAUGUGCGUCGUCAAGGACUCGCCGGACGCGGCGCUGUUCAACCACCCGGGCGCGCUGACCAAGCUGGCGCUGUGGAUCGGGGAGGCCCUGGCCGAGCAGGAGAAGGACGCCACGGGAAAACUGGGGCACGGCGGGCGGGGCACGCCGCUGGUCGUGGCGAGCCUGGACGAGAAGAGGGGGGUGUAUGUGGUAGUUGAUGAGGAGGAUGGGGAGGAGGAUGCCAGGAGGCAGAGGGGGUAUGGGCUGAAUCGGUUCGGCACGGCGUUUCAGGAUGUGGUGAGCGAGACGAAUGCGAGGGUGCGCAUCGACAGCUUUGAGCACUGCGUCGUGGAGGUCAAGAAGGAGGAUCUGGGCGGGUUUUUGGAGAGUCUGAGCAUGAAGGCUGUUGUUGGGUGAUUGUUUAUUACUGUGUUGUGUUUCCGGGUAUAGCGAUGGUUUGUGAUGAAGGACGGGCGGGAAUGGAAAAGGUCCUGUUGGGUUGCUCUCUAUUCUGUUAGGCGUUUGGCCCCCUGAUUUACGUUGCCCUUGGCUGGUGCUUUCCUUAGCUCGGUUCAGCCCGCUUCCACCUCCUUUUGUUAAAGCUACGAGUAUCAUGUUGGGGAUGGGAGAGGGAGCAUGGCGAGGUAGAGUAUGUUUGGGUAUGUAUGCAUACAGGUAGCUAGGUAUGGAGGCCCCGGUUUCGCUUGCUGGU